CUCAUUUUUACCGGUAUCUCGCUGCUAAAAAUCUAUGUUUAUUUUUUGAUUGCUAAUUAAAAUGGACAAACAAAAUAUGGACGAUAUUGCCAAAAACUACCAUGUUUGCCGAAAAUUUGAAAGCUUAAAAUGUUUCCAGAUUGAAGCCCAUGUUUACAGUCAUUCCAAUUUUAUUCAAAUUAAACUUUUCAAGACAAGUUCCUUCAAAAAUAGUCUCCUUUCUUUAUAUAAUGUGAUAAUGUUUGGCAUUAUUUGUUUGGUUUGUAAUUUUAUUCACCCAAUGAGUCUCCAACUCAAGAUAUUACUUGUUUUUACCUUGACUUCAAUUUUGACUUUAUUUAUCCUUAAUUUUAUUAUCAUUGAAGAAUCUUUAGAAAUCAUUAGAUCUAUAAAAGGUGUAAAUUAUUAUACAAAGAACAUGCUGGGAAAGGAAACCUCAAAAUUUAUCGGUUCUACUAAUUUUGUUAUAAACGAAGCAAUUACAAUGUUUCGAGUUAUCAGCUAUCUAGCCGUACUUGCCUGUGAAAGUAAUCAACUCACGUCGUCAAAACAAGUAAAUUUAAUUUUUACUAAAAUGUUACCAAGGAAUGAUUGCUUGGAAUUUAUCUACACGCACAUCCAUCAUUUUCUCAAUCAAAAUUAGUUAUAAAUAACUGAUAACUUAGUGCCAUAGAAGUUCAACUUUGUCUGGUCGAAAUAAACUUCAGAGUCUCAUGCGAUUGGAAUAUUCACUAUUUGUUUCAAUUUCAAGCCAUACAUUCCCAAAAGCACCAGGCUAUUCCAUAUUUCUUGAUCUGCUGUGAAAGGGUUAAGCUUACUGUGAUCAUCUUAUUCAACUACCUGUAAAAAUUUUCCUAAUUAUUUAUUUUAUUAGUUAUUUCACCAAUUAUAACAAUAUAGCCACAUGCU